AUGGACGAUUUCUCUCGCGCGGCAAAAGUAAUAUCAAUGCCGAUGGAUACUCAUAUCGACAUCGCAAGUGACCGAGGGGCGAAUCAUCAUCGGGUUUAUCAGAACACUACCCCCUUGUGCGACUACGGGAUAUCCCGUGCGUGGCAAAGGAGAAUAUUCAAUAUGGCAUACGUGCAUGAUGCAGAUGCGCGCGCAUCCAGAUGCCAAGCUAAUAACAUUGACGACGCGCGAACAACAACUGGAACUGGCAUACACACAUGCAUGGCCGUUGGCGUGCAAU